AUGUUUAAGUGGUUAAGCUCAUUUCUAGAUGGUAAAUAUAAAGAAACUACAACUCAAACCCCAAAUAAUGAUGGAAUUCAAUUGGAUAUAUCUUUUUAUGAGGCUAUAGAAUAUUUCAAAACUUUAACUAUUGAAGAAUUUGAAGAACAAUUUGAAAUGUAUUGUUUGCCAUCUAAAGGUCUUUUAAAAAAUUAUGGAAUUGUUCGUUGUGAAUCCAAAAAAUUUUGUUCAUUAAUUAUAAAUAAUAAAGUUUCACCAUCUUUCAAAGUGAAUCAAUUAUUUGAUAUAGUUUGUUUUAAUUCAUCUGGUUAUGAAAGAUGCCUACUUUGUUUCAGACCUAAAUAUCAAUCAGAUUGGUCUGAAAGAAAAAUCAAAUUUAUGGAUCAUAUAGGUCUUUAUCUUAACAUCAUGAUUAUUAAAAAGAAAAAUAUAACAUUAGAUGAUGUUAUAGCUGAUUUGAAUUUUAAAAUGAAUCAUUCAAUCAAUCAAAGAAUAACAAUUUUGAAUGAUCAUCGUGGACAAGAACCUUUAUACAUUAUGUACAAUGCUGCUUCAGCUAUGAACCUUUACCAAAAUGAAAACCUUUCUAAAAUGAUCCGUAUGAUUAAUUUAUAUAAAUCUAGAAUUGAAAAUCAUAUUUGGGAAAGUUAUACGUUAAUAAAAGUUGUUCCUAAACUACAUCACCAUUGUGCUGCUGCUGGUGAUAAUGUAUUUGAUACAAAUGAUUAUUUACAACAUGAUGAAUUAGAUUUCAAUAGCCCGAAUGAGCUUUUUUUUUCAUAA